GCAUAAAAUAAGGGAAGAUAAAUUAACUGACAAAGUGAGAUUGGUUUUUUCGCUCUGAACUGGUCAGCUUCCAAUGAGUUUUUCUGUGUAGGGUUUGUAGAGCUGUGAGGGAGGAAAUCCUUUUACUUUUUUCUUCUGUUUUUUGUAUUUUUCUUUAUUUGGGACCUAAUUGCUCCCGUAUUGGUCAGAGAAUUCACUGGGCGGUGUUUACUUUCUUCUGUUUUGUAGGGCUAUUGCGUGAUCUGUUGCAUAAUAAGGUUGCUUGUGACUUGUGAGAGAUUUAGAUUCUGCGUCACUGUAUUCUCUAUACUGGGUUCAUGGGAUUUUCUUCUGAGUUUCUGGGGUUUCAACAGAGGGAUUCGGAAGGGAUUUUUGAAUGGUGUCGCUUAUUGUGAUCUUUGUUGUUCUGUGCUUUUUGGGUUCUCAACCCCGAUUCUGUGAAGUUCUGUAAAUAAAAAGUUCUCUUCUUUAUGGGGUUGGAGAGGUGGGUUUUGAGUUGAUUCGAUAUGUCUGGUUUGUGGGGUUGAAAUAUUGGGGACUGCAGUGAAGACUAAAAAAGGGGCUUCGUUUCAUUUCGUUGGGUUUUGAAUAUUUGUGAGUUUUGGAGAUAUGGGAUUUUUGUGAUCUAGGGUUUCGGAAAGAUGGGAGCUGGUCCUGAUGCUGCUAUUCAGGUAGAGACAUGGGAUGUUGGGAAAUCAAAGGGAAGGAAGGAAAAAGAUGGCGAGACAGAGGACACUGGAUGUUGGAUUAAGCUCAGGUUUAUUGGUAGCUGCAUCUCAAGAUCCAAAGUGGAUACCUCUAUAAGCGGCACUAGUACUCAUUAUGCCGAAAGUAAAUCUACAAAUGAUACCAGUAGGGACCAACCAGUUGUCCCAGCAGCCUCUUCUUCAACUACUAGCAAUGGAGAAAGUUUUUCAUCCACUCCUAAAGUUGGCGAGGAGCUGAAGGUUGCUUCACAGCUAAGAAAAUUCACAUUUAAUGACCUCAAGACAGCAACGAGAAAUUUUAGACCAGAGAGUCUCCUUGGUGAGGGUGGAUUUGGUUGUGUUUUCAAGGGAUGGAUUGAAGAGAAUGGAACUGCUCCGGUAAAACCUGGGACAGGGCUUACUGUUGCAGUUAAAACCCUCAAUCAUGAUGGAUUACAAGGCCAUAAAGAGUGGAUGGCUGAAGUUAAUUUUCUUGGUGAUCUUCUUCAUCCGAAUUUGGUUAAAUUGAUCGGUUACUGCAUUGAAGAUGAUCAAAGGCUGCUUGUUUAUGAGUUCAUGCCUCGAGGGAGCCUGGAAAACCACCUUUUUCGAAGGUCCCUGCCUCUCCCGUGGUCCAUCAGAAUGAAAAUUGCACUUGGUGCUGCAAAGGGUCUUGCCUUUCUUCAUGAGGAAGCAGAAAGGCCAGUGAUAUAUCGGGAUUUUAAAACAUCUAAUAUCCUGUUAGAUGCGGACUACAACGCAAAGCUUUCUGACUUUGGACUUGCUAAAGAUGGCCCUGAGGGGGAUAAGACGCAUGUAUCUACCCGAGUGAUGGGAACAUAUGGAUAUGCAGCCCCAGAAUAUGUGAUGACAGGGCAUCUGACAUCGAAGAGUGAUGUCUACAGCUUCGGGGUGGUCCUCCUUGAAAUGCUGACUGGUCGAAGAUCCAUGGACAAAAACAGACCAAAUGGGGAGCAUAACCUGGUUGAAUGGGCAAGGCCACAUCUUGGGGAGAGGCGAAGGUUUUACCGACUAAUAGACCCCCGGCUUGAUGGCCACUUCUCAAUUAAGGGUGCACAGAAGGCUGCCCAGCUAGCCCAACACUGCUUGAGCCGGGAUCCAAAGGCAAGACCUCUGAUGAGUGAAGUUGUUGAGGUCUUGAAGCCACUGCUGAAUCUGAAGGACAUGGCUAGCUCCUCCUACUAUUUCCAGACCAUGCAAGCAGAGCGCAGUGGGUCCAACUCAAAUGGCAGGAACAGCCUUAGAACACAGGCUGGAUUGCUAUCAAGGAAUGGACAACCGACAAAGGGCCUGUCGGUAGCAAAUGGCUCACAUGCUUCUCCCUACCACCGCCACCACCAACUACAGCAGUCGCCCAAACCCAAUGGUAAACAGCCAUAGCAUUGAGUUCAUGUUAAUCUGCUUUGUCGUAGGUUUCUUCAUUUUGUUCCUUUAUUUUCCUUUUAUUUAUAAAAUAUAUAUUGUCUGUCGGGGGCAUUGGAAUCUUGGAAAACUGAACAAGCAUGAAUUGAAUCCUUGGGAAGUGCUGAGAGAAAGGGUUGUUGCCUUCUUAUGUCGCCUGAAAUUUGUUGGAAAAUAUAAUGGUGAAUAUAGUUAUUUGACUGGUCA